AUGCAAUUUUUUGCUAGAAAGCAUUCUCCUCCAUGUGCAGAAGAACGGAAGAAAUAUAACCAUAACUUUGCAGUUUCCACCUCAUUUCAUGGAUUACAUAACCUUGUAGAUGGCAACCACACUGGGACAAUGGGCCAGGUCCGCAGAGUUCUCUGGUUUGUUGUUGUACUUGUUUCUCUCAUUGCAGCCUUUUCACAGGUCUGCUCACGCAUCAUCAAUUAUUUCAGUUGGCCAACGACAACAUCGGUAACUGUGCAGUAUGUCGACAAGAUUGAAUUCCCCUCUGUUACAUUUUGUAACUUGAACAGGUUCCAAACUCGUGCAGUGAACAAUAUAAGCAUUGCCUUUUUCAUGUGGAACAUUGUAUCUACAGUACUACAUUUUUCAAGCACAGGAAAAGAUUCUGAGGAUGUACAAGAAAUGAUUGAAUUUCUGAACCUCAACCAAAAUUUCAGCAUCAAAGACUUUACUAAAAAUUAUGGAUUUUAUCUCAGUAACAGAACACUGUUAAAAUGUGAGUUCUUUGGUAUUCCCUGCUAUCCAGAGGACUUUGAUCAUGUUUUCACAGAGUAUGGAAACUGCUACUCUUUUAACCGCAAUACACCUGAGUCAGAUAAAAGGAUUAGUACAGCAGGGAAAGGACUAAGUGUAAUGUUUGAUAUUAAACAGACCGAAUUCACAGACGAUCCAGCACUGGGAUUUGUGGACGCUGGGAUAACAUUUGUGAUCCACUCACCAAAGGUUCCUCCUAGGUUUGAUGGUCUGGGCUUACACAGUCCAGUGGGUAUGCAUGCACAUGCUUCGAUCAGACACUUUAAGUCAAUAAUGCAAGAACAUCCUUGGGGAGAAUGUAAUCCUGAUUUGGCAUUGAAACAUCAUGAAGUGUAUAGUACAUAUGGAUGUGUACAGGAGUGCAAGUCAAAUUAUAUAGAAGAAGAGUGUGGAUGCUUACCAUUCCUACUUCCCGGUGUUGGAAAGGAGUGUGACCUUACACAAUAUUAUACCUGUGUAUAUCCUGCACUUUACAAAAUUGAUAAACUCGACCUGUGCAGUGUGGGAACUUAUAAUUCGAGUUGCCCAGUUCCAUGUGAAGAGACCGACUACCCCGCCACUCUCUCCUACUCCACAUUUCCCAGUGACAGAGCUGCAGAUUUCCUAUCCAACAAGCUGAGUAGAAAUAUAACAUACAUAAGGAAUAACUUGGUGUAUAUUGACAUUAAGUACAAUGAAUUGAACUACAAAAUAAGCAAGCAGCAAAAAGCUAUGACUUCAAGUGCACUGCUAUCUGAUGUGGGUGGACAGCUUGGUCUGUUUUGUGGAGCAAGCAUGGUUACCGUUAUCGAAGUUCUCGAGUUUGUGGUAACCAAUUUCUUCUGGGCCUGCGCAUUCCUUCUGCUGAAAGUACCCAACAUGUCCCAGUGGACAGACAGACAAUCAAGAUACAAACAAGACAUACCGGAUUGCUAA